UUGUCAUUCAUCUGAAGAGAGAGAAAGAGGGCGUGAGAGCACAGCAGACACUGAAACAGCAGAGUUAGGAGACACUGUACAGACAUGGCGAGAAUUGCAGGAGAUCUGAGGAUUGUGCUUCUGGGUAAAACUGGACAAGGAAAGAGUGCAACAGGAAACACUAUCCUGGGAAGAGAUGUAUUUAACGUGGAAAUCACUCCAGUGUCAGUUACUACAGAUUGUCAGCAAGAAAAUGGAAAAGAUGGAAAAGAAAGAAAUAUCUCAGUAAUUGACACUCCAGGGCUCCAGGAUACGGAUGACAAAAAGAGAGAACAAGAGAAUAUUAAACAAAAGGAUGAAAUAGAAAAAAUCAUGAAGCUGUCUGCUCCUGGUCCUCAUGUGUUUCUGCUGGUCAUCAGACUGGAUGAGAAAUUAACUGAAGAGGAUAAGAACGCAGUGAAAAGGAUUGAAGAGCACCUUGGAGAAGAAGCUGCACGCUACACCAUGAUUCUGUUCACUCACGUUGAUCGGCUGAAAUCUCCGCUGAAUGAAUAUAUAGAAGCGAGUCAAGAACUGCAGCAAUUCAUUAUUAACUGUUAUGGCAGAUAUCACGCAUUCAACAACAACAACAGAGAGAAUCAGGCUCAGGUCACAGAGCUGCUGGAGAAGAUUGAUAAAAUGGUGAUUACAAAUGGAGGGAAGUGCUAUACUUAUAAGAUGGAUCAGCAAGCCCAGAAAAGGUGUAGUUGCUGUAAAAAAAUUAUGAUUAUAGGAGCAAUUUGUGUGACAGCAAGCAUAGGAAUACCACUGUUACUGAAAAAACUCUAGACAUAUUAACCUGCAGAAAUGACAUAGUAUGUGCCCUGUGUAAAAGUACUGAUCGCAAUCAGUCACAUACAUAUUAAAGAGAAUCCAAAAAAUGUAAAAAAGAUCACAUUAAUUGUUUUAACAUGCUUUAAUGUAAAUGAUGAAAGUCAUCUUUCUAAUAAAACAUUGUAGGGUUGGAAAAAAUAACAGGAAUGUAUUGCUGUGCCACAACCCCCUGUUUCUUCCCAAAAGACACCAUUUGCUCUUCUAAAGAUCACAGGGGUCAGCACUCAGCAUGAUCGGCAUGGUGAUCAACCACUAUUUUCCCAGAUGUUUCUUUUUUGUGGGUCCAGUAUUGAGGGUUAAAUGUGGCCCUGAUUGGUCAAUUUGAAUGUAUCAUGUUAGUUUAGUCACAUGGUCAAGGAAUGGAUCAAAGUAAAUGUAAGAUAAGCUCUGGGCUCUCUUUCUCUUGUCUCCUCACUGGAAGCCCUCUCCAGGAGCUCUGGCUGUAUUCUUCUUCUAUACUUUCUCUCUUUUCUUUUCUAUCAUCUCAUGUAAUAUCACACAGCAAAGUCUCUGGUGUAAAAAUGCACACCCUGGUGUAUAUAUGAGUCCGUAGCUACGGGUGUAGAAAUGUAGACUGGAACAGAGUCUUUCUGGUGUGAAAUGUUCAUUUAUUCAUGCAGUUAAUGAAUCAAUUGAGUUGACUUUACAAGUGAUGAUUGAUCUUUAGUGAUGACACCUGCUGGUCAUGAUCAGAGUCCACUGAAGAAGUGAACAAGAACAGGAAAUAAAGACUGUAGCCACACAGAUUCAUGUCAUAUAAAUACACAAUCAAAUAUGCUAAUAAAAUACAUAUUUACAUGUAACUAAAUGAAACUCUUGACUUCUUUGAAUAUAAUUAGAAGAGCUUUAGUUGUAUUUAGUUUGGCUGAUGUUGUUUUAUUGAACAAGUCAUUUGCACCAUUAGGUGAUCAGUGUUUUAUUUGGUUGGGUACUUGGACUAAAGUCCAGCGUGGUAGUUUUCUCUGCUUGUGUAAAACAGUGUUCUAAACAUACAUCAUGUUAAAGUGAGCAGGACAUGCAAUGCACAGUCAUGUCCAGUUAUUGAGUAGAGGCAUUAGUAUCAAAUAAGGCUUAGUGUCCGAGACAAAUGAAAAAUAGUGUUAUUUGAUAUAAGAAUGUACAGAAUGUACAGCUAGAGUGGUGAAAUGCAAUUUUAAAGAUUUGAUCAGAGUUUCCUAAAACAUUUCUCACACAUGCUAAGACUUCAACACUUAUCCUACAAAACUCAACAGUGGUGGUAAAAAUAACCAAAUGCAUGCUGGGAGUCAUUGUUAAGUUUGAUGCUAUUCUAUUACCCAGCGUGCACUGCAGCAUUUACGGUUUAUUGAUUGUAACCGUUAUUGAGAUUUGUAUGCUGAGUUUAGAUGUUUGUGUGUAACAGUUUAAAACAUCUUAUUUACUAUUGUUGACAAAGGCAGUAUCUGUUUAUCUUACACACCGUUACUGACAAACAUCAGCAUCUCUAGCUUGACUAAAACAGACGAAAAUUCCAUUACACCAACACAACUUUCUGAUGAUUUCAAGCAAAGUCAUUACAAGUAAUUACAUUAUAAGUACAAACAACAAACAUUUCAAAUCACAGGCAGUGUGUCUGUUUAACUCAUUCUGCAACAGCAAAAGAAAUGGGAUAAGAAAUGUAAAAAAUGCCCAAGUACCCCACUAAAGAGAAUCCUCCUCACUCUAAUGGUGAUGUCACAUCUAAAACAUUUCAAACUUACUCGAACUGCAGCUAAAACUCUAACUCUACAUCAACAUCUUUUACACUCAAACUUCUUUUAAUAAGUGAUUAUGGCAGCACUGUUUAAAGUUGUUUAAGCAUCUUGAUAUUUCGUGAUGUUACAUUAGUUCUACACAUAGAUUUGUUGUGUUUGCUUUACAUCAGCUGUGUAUCUAAACGCUUCAUGAACAGCAGG